AUGUGUUCUGCAGAUAUAGACAGAUCUCAAGUCAUCAUGGUUAAGGAUACAGAGACCCAAAAAUCAAGAGGCUUUGGGUUUAUGACUUUUGAAAAUGUAGAUGAUACAAAUGAUGCCAGAGAGAAGAUGGAUGGACAGACACUAGAUGGUUGCCAGAUCAGUGUGAACAAGGCAGGGCAGUCUCGGUGUGAAAACCCAAGAGGCCAGUCUGAAGAUGUCCAUAGAUACCGUCAUGGCAGAGGUGGAUAUGGUUGCCAUGGAUACCGUCAUAGCAGAGGUAUUUGUGGUGGUGGCCAUAUAGAGUACAGCAAUGGUGGGUUCAGCUGUAGCAUCAAGAAUCAUGGAUGUUAUGGAUCUGGAGGAAAGUACAGGAACAACUGA